GAGAGAGAGAGAGAGAGAGAGGAGUGGAGGAGACGAGAGCUUUGUGUCUUUCUAGCAUCAGUAUCAACAUCACUAAUGCACCAUCUUUCAUCCCUGGAAAAGACGAAGCAACACAAGUGCAACACAAUGCCGGAGCACAGUGUGCUGUGUUCAAAGAUGGUGGAGCCAUGAUCUCCACGCACAGGCAGCUACGAGCCAACCCAGAGGAGAGGAGCCCUCCCAGGCAGGAGCGGAGAGGAGAGACUCGCUCCUGCUGAUGCUUCUGUCAACAUGGGAAACCAGGAGGCGAAGCACAAGAAAGCCGCAGCACUUGGAAACGGAAGCCACCCUUCACUGGAUGAGAAGUGGAGAGACGGAGGAGGAGACGCUGCAAAAAAGGGAGGAAAAAAACUCGCCAAUAGGCAUGGAGGUAAAGGAGCAGGCAGAGAAGGAGGAGGAGGAGAAGGAGGAGGAGGAGAGGUGCACAGCUCAGGAGCAGGCACAAAGAAAACCAAAUUGGACUCCAAGUCAUCUGUGUUCUCUAUCAGAAAGAGAAAGAACCACGUGAAGACUAAAGGAGACGCGUGUUUGUCCGUGGCAGGUUCAAAGGAGGAUGUUUUAGCCUCUCACCCUGAUGACGGCUCAAAAACACCCAACCUGUCCGCGGACGAGCUGGGACAGUCGGACACCGAGGCUGCAGCCGCCGAGAAGAAGAGCAAACGUGAGCAAAGGAAUGGAGGCCUGGAGCAGGACAGACGGCGGGCAGCGGAGGCCGUCUCUCCCGCAGACGAAGGCAGACAGAAGGAAGGAGGCUCAGGAUCCGACACGGACAUCUACAGCUUCCACUCCACCGCCGAGCACGAGGACCUGCUCGCAGACAUCCAGCUUGCAAUAAAGCUGCAGCAUCAAAGCAUCGUCAGCUCAGAUGUGGAAGUGGGGGUAGAAGGGGGGAAGGAGCUCAGCUGGGGUCAAGAGGUCGUCAUAAGUGUGGAGAGGAGGAGGCAGAGUGAUGCUGGCAGUAUGUUAACGCCUCCCGAUCCGCUGGACCUGACUCUGGACUUGGAACUGGGGUCUGAUGCGCUGUCAUGCCUCAACAGUGGAACUCUGUCGAGCGCCGUCAGGGACCCUGGCCCCCCUCCAACUGUACACAUCCCCUUGGUGCAAAAGCGGGAAGAGGAAGAGGAGCAUCGAUACCCAGAACUAAAUGUGAAGGGGACAGAAGAGGUUAAAACUGAACCCACUCUCUGUGCUGUCUUAGGGACAAAUGACCAGCAUGCCUGGCGGCAGCAGCCCCCCCACACAGCCAUCACCAUAGCUACUAAUGGGGGAGCUGCAGUCAGCCCCGUCACCAUGACAACCAGCGGUAACAGCUUUCUGGAAAUCACCGGCUUCACUGACAGUGGAGCAAAACCCCCAGGGGGCAAGGAGGAAGGAGGAGGAAGUCGACAGGAAGCAGAGGGGGGCGUCACUGUGGAUGUGAACCUGAGUCCUCCACCUGCUGAGAGUCUCACCAAAACGUCCAGGAGUUCCGAUCCCACAGAGGAGUUAAGCUCAGGGGCCGUGUUUGAGGAGGGUGAAUGUUGCAUGGGCUCGUGUACCAGUGCCGAGUCUCUGGAGGACUGUUUGGGCACCGUCUCAGAACCGAUCCACCUUGUUCUUAACAACACAAUAAAAACACAGGGCAGGAGGCAUCAUUCCUACUCCCCCCCUCUGCACCCUCAAAAGGACCCCGUCUUAGCCAAGAUACACCUCAAGUCCACCAACUCCUCAAUCUCCAACAACCAGAAAAUGAAACCACAUCCAUCCAUCUUCCCCACCUACAUCAAGACCACCACGAGACAGCUCAGCUCCCCGACGCAGUCUUCAGCUGUGUCCCUGUCCAACAGCCCGCGGUCCCAGUGCCGAACCCACGAACACCUUCACAGGAUGAUGGUUAUUGAUCACGUCCGUCGGCAGCGCUCUCGAAGUCUCACUGGACCUCUGAGUCGCUCAGCUGACUGGACUGAGGAGAUCGAGAAACGACUGAGAAGCCCAGAGGUAGAUGGCUGUGGAGGUGCACAUGAAUACCUGGUGGGCUACAGAGGAGGAGGCAGCCAGCCCAUUUGUCCGUCUAGACGAUCCUCCUAUGGACAAGUGCCAACGUAUGGGUUCCAGGAUGUUUUCACUGGCCGAACUCUCCUGGAGAAGCUUUUCUUACAGCAGCAACAGGAAGAAACCGAGACAGAAGAGGCUGAAAAGAUCUGCUCCAAAAUCCUGGCACUGGGCCUUCUGCUUCCUUUUACCGACUGCUUUAGAGAGCAAGUGGGAAGCAGCACCACCCACUUGGCUUCCACAGCACCAACCAAAUUCCAUCAUGAUCAGCUAUACACAUGGGCAGCAGUUAACCAGCCAACAGAUAUCCUGGAUACUCCUGAGGGAAAAAUACCCAGCCAACUAAAAGCACGAUGGUCCCCAGCCAAGUCAAGUAGAGACAACAGGACUAGACUUAAAUCAACAGAGGCUGGAAACAUCCACCUUUGGAGCAACAGCAGAAGGAAAUCCAAGAAUAUCAAGUCAGAUGAAUGUGUCUUGAACACAAUGAAACUGAAGGAAAAACACAUCAAUGUGAUUCAACAACUUGAACAGACCAUCGAGGACCUUAGGAUGAAGAUCUCAGAGUUGGAGCGGACAUCCUCCUCUGUUGGACACUGAUGGCACGAAGCCAUGGGAGCGCGCAGACAGGCCGUCUGUGGGGAGGAGACGGGCCUGCUGAAGGAGGUGUGUGACGCUCACCUUCAGACAGAGGCUCUGACAGCUCUGGGGUGUCUGGAGGCCAAAUCAGUGCAGACCUCACCCAUGGACGACAGUUCUAAGGUGAAGGUGCCGAGCAGUGACUCUCCUGUGUUGGACGGCCUCCUGCGUCCCAUCACGACACAAGAUCCUGCACAGUGCUCCUGUCAGAAAAUGUCCCAGCCUCCUUCUCCUCCACCACCUCCUCCCUCCUCUGCCAUCCAGUUCAGCAGACGCUAUUGCCUAGGUCCUCCUCCUCCUCCUCCUUUACCACACUGGGAGGCCCACCUCCUCCUCCUCCUCCCUCUACCUAAUACGCAUAAACCCUCCUCCUCCUCCUUACCAUCACUGGGAGGCCCACCUCCUCCUCCUCUACCAUCACUGGGAGGCCCACCUCCUCCUCCUCCUCCUCCUCCUCCUCCUCCACCUCCUCCUCCUCUACCAUCACUGGGAGGCCCACCUCCUCCUCCUCCUCCUCCUCCCUCUCCUCCUCCACCUCCUCCUCCUCCUCCUCCUUUACCAUCACUGGGAGGCCCACCUCCUCCUCCUCCUUUGCCAUCACUGAGGGGCCCACCUCCACCUCCUCCUCCACCUCCUCCUCCUCCUUUACCAUCACUGGGAGGCCCACCUGCUCCUCCCCCUCCACCACCUCCCCCUGGCUGUGGACCACCAGCUCCUCCUUCUCCACAAAGUGUGGUCUGUGCUCCUCCUGUUCCUCUGGGAUCUCUGGGUUUUCUGCCUCCUCCUCUGCCAGCUGGGCUGUUCGCUCUGGGUUUGGGCCAUGAGAAACCACCCAGGAAACCUGCAGUAGAACCUCCCAGACCCAUGAAGCCUCUGUACUGGACCAGGAUACAGCUGCACGCCAAAAAAGAGGUUUCUUCUAUGACACCAAUGGUGUGGGAGACAAUUGAGGAGCCUAAUGUGAACUUUGAGGAAUUUGUGGAGUUGUUCUCAAAGAUGGCCAUUAAGGAGAAGAAAAAGCCACUUUCUGACACAAUUACCAAAUCCAAGGAAAACAGGUCUGUGGUGAAGCUCCUAAAUAACAAACGCUCUCAGGCAGUUGGAAUCCUCAUGUCGUCCCUACACCUUGAUAUGAAAGAUAUUCAUCAUGCUGUUCUCAACUUGGACAAUAGCAUAGUUGAUCUGGAAACCCUUCAGGCCUUGUAUGAAAAUAGGGCCCAACAGGAUGAACUGGAGAAAAUUGAAAAGCACAUCAAGUCGUCUAAAGAGAAGGAAAACACCAAACCUCUGGAUAAACCUGAACAGUUCCUCUACCAGCUCUCCCUGAUCCCCAACUUCUCUGGCAGAGUCUUCUGCAUUCUUUUCCAGUCCAGCUUCUCUGAAUGCACAUCUUCAAUACUGAAGAAACUGGACACACUGCAGAGGGUAUGCAAGACACUACAGGCUGGUGAGACAGUGAAGCAAGUACUUGGUUUGAUUCUGGCCUUUGGUAACUUCAUGAAUGGCGGAAAUCGAACAAGAGGCCAAGCUGAUGGUUUCACCCUCGACAUCCUGCCCAAACUCAAAGAUGUUAAGAGCAGUGACAGCACACGAAGUCUUCUGUCCUACAUUGCUGCGUACUACCUUCGGCACUUUGAUGAGGAUGCUGGGAGGGAAACAUGUAUUUUUCCUCUUCCUGAGCCUCAUGAUGUGUUCCAGGCCUCACAGAUGAAGUUUGAAGACUUUCACAAGGACCUGACUCAAAUUAGGAAAGAUCUGAGAGCAUGUAUGUCACAAGUGGAUAAGGUGUGCAAGGAAUCAGAUGAGGAAACCAUGCAGCCAUUCAAAGACAAGAUGGAGGACUUCCUUGUAACUGCUAAAACGGAACUGGAAAAUCUGGAAUCUCAACUCAGUGACACUCACAGACAGUUCCUGGAGCUGACCGUGUUUUUCUCAGUGAAGGCGAAGACAGGAGAGAAGGAAGUUUCUCCCAACACUUUUUUCUCUGUCUGGCAUGAGUUUUGCUCAGACUUCAAGGACCAAUGGAAGAAGGAGAACAAGAUCAUUCUCAAGGAGAGGUUAAAAGCAGCAGAAGAGUCUUUCCAGCAGGCAAAGGAAAAAGCUUCGUACAGUGUCAAACCCAAACAUGCCUCUGGGAUAAAAGCGAAGCUUGGCAUGAAGAUUUGACCCGGUGGAUUGGCGUGUUUGUUUCAUGGAUUUGGGCACCAGCAUUGUUUGGAAAAAA